AGGCGGCUGCACACCUCGAGUGCUAAACUCGUUACAAUCAAUGCCAAGGGCGUACCAGAAUAUAAGGCAGUGUCAAUAUGGCUCGGUGGAAUCAACGAAGCCUUCGCUCUCGUCCCUAUCGCUGUUGGCGAAGCACUCAGGACGAUGCCAAACCAGAGUGGGCGUUUCCCAAAGCCUGACACUCACCGCCUUACUUUCGACCACUCUAGCCAGGCUUUUAUGCAAGUGUCAGCACCAUAUCCUCGCCUAGUACUUGACCGAGAUCUUCCAAGGCAGAGCGACCGCGAUACCAGUCCAGCGACUCUGUUUUGUUUCGCCGCCACAUACACUAUUGCAUUAGAUGGUACAGCGGAC